UACACACGUGUUAAACACUUAAGCAGAUAAUGCAUGUGAAAUUGUGCUAUAUAAAAAUAUAAGAAAUUUAAUGUUAUUAGUGUGUAAAAACCAAGGUAACAACAAAUAGUAUUGUAAAAUAAUCUGGAAUAACUAUAAGAGCUGUACCAACAAAUUAUACGAAUGUUAAGUUAAGUAUCAGAGGCAAAAUAUUUAACAAAAUAAAUAGCUAGCACAGAAAGUUAACAAAAUGGUAGAAGAAAUAAAGAAAAACAUUCUUCAAAUGAUUCAAAAAGUACCAGGUGUUUAUUCUGUGCUUAUAACUGACCGCGAUGGGGUACAAGUGCUGAAAGUCAACACUGACAAGGCCCCUGAAAUCCCCAUGCGUCCAGGGUUUUUAUCAACAUUCGCUUUGGCAGUGGACCAAGGAGGAAAACUUGGUCUAGGAAAAACUAAAACACUUAUUUGCUCAUACCCUCAAUACUUGAUUGUUCAAAUGAACAAGCUGCCCUUAGUAGUUACUUUUAUAGCCAAUAACAGUUGCAAUGUGGGGCACAUUUUGGCAUUGGAAAAGCAGAUAGAACCCACAUUAAGUGUCUUAAGCUUAGCUGUAGGUGAAACAUAUAUGUAAAUAACUUUUCACAGCUCUAGAUCUAAUGAUUUUUUAAAGCUAACUGGCUUUUCUAGAUUAACAUCUAUAUAUAAUAAAUUACAACUAAAUUAAAUUGUAUGUAUUUAAAUAAGUUGUUGUCCUAUUUUUAUGUUUAAAUAAAAAGUUGGGAUAUAAAUGCCUUGUAUGAGUAGGAGUUAAAAUAAAACACUAUAUAAAAACAA